AUGAAUUAUAUUACAUUAAGGUUCAAUAAUUCAGAGUUUGAACAUCGAUAUUCCUCCUAAAGGAAAAGCUAUUAAUUAUAGAGUUAAACUGUUUAUAGACUUUUUCUCAUAAUUCUAAUAUUAUUUGAAAUUCUAGAAAACGUAUUGCAAAAGCUGUGGUUUGAAACUAUUUUAAGUUUACUUGGACUUUUGAUCAUGUUGUUUGGCUAUAUUUUUAAAUAAUAAUUGGCAUCUGUUAACAAUACUUUAACCUUAAUAGCAAUAAUAAUUUACAACAUUUAACACCCAAUUAAGUAUGGCUUUUUAAACCAUUUUAAUAAUAGAGAAGUAUUAGAAAGCUACUUCAUUUGUUUAGGAACUCUCGGGAUAAUCUCUUAAUAGAGUUAUUUAGUAAAAACCUUCAUUACAGUAAUAGUGCUCAUCCUUAAUAUCACAUCUCUCUACCUAGUUUAGGAUGGUUGGAGAGAAAUUUUGUUAUUUAUUUUUUCUAGUAUGAUAGCAAUCUACAGUUAUUAUAUAAACGAAUGGCAAACUAGAAUCUAAUUUAUAAUAAUGAAUAAUAAAGACAUUGUUGAAGACAAUUUAUAUUAAUAGAUAGAUAUUCAAUCCUAUAUUGUUCACUAUAACUUAGGCAAUAAUUCAAUCGAUUUAAUCAGACAAAACAGGGUCUCAUAAAUUACUGAAAUUAAAUAAAACAGUUUCAUAAAUCUGAUAAGAAGUAUAAGAGUGAUUUUAUUCAGUUAGAGAAGAAGGAAGUCUAUUAUACCAUCUUCUCAAAUGCUCAAUCAAUAAAAUAAGCUUAACCUAGAAUAGUUUUUGUUCUAUUUAUUUAUGAAUCAGGAGAAAAUGCAAGAAAUAACUAAGAAUUGCACUAAAGAUAAUUAAACUUAUGAAUUGAUUGGGCUGAUUGGAUUAGAUGUUCAUCAUAUUAAAAUAAUUCGUAGUGAAGAUACAAAACCUUGUCUAAUUAUUUUGAUCAAAGAAAACAGAAGAGAGUCAUAAAAUAAAUCAUUGAAGUAUAAACUAAAAAUAAAUAAUAAACUAUUAAGUUAGGUUUAGGAAAGUAUAUAAUCCAGGAUAAGGAUCUGUUUGAUUUAUCUCAAACAAAUUUUAUAAUAUGAAAAGUUAAAGAAAAAUAAAUAGUAAUUGUUUGAUAAUCAAAAAAUAUUUUUAUUCUUGAAUAGCCAAAUUACGAAAACCUAUACUGACAUUAAUAACAUACAAGAUUUUGCAAACGUGAAUUCUACAUUUGCCAAGAUUGUUCUCAAUCAUUUUGAUAUUUCUAAUUGUAUACAAGAAUGCAUUUCAAUCUUUAACAUACUUUUCCCUAAAAGAGAUAAUAACAAAAUUAAAUUAAUUUCUCAUUUGACUGAUAAUCGUAUAUAUACUGAUCAAAAAAAACUAAAGCAGUUACUUAUAAAUUGCUUAUUCUUCAUUUACUAAAAUACCGAAUAGAUUGUAAUUGAGUUGAAGGAUGAAGUGAGUUAGGAUGAUUUGAAUUAAAAAUUCAUAAAAUUUGAUAUAAUUUACAAUGGUCAAGUUUUCACAGCUGAAAAGAUUAGUAAAUUACCAAUUCUAAAUCCUUAAAGCUUAGAAGAAUUAAGACAUAAUAGCUAUUAAUAAUUAAAUUUAGAAAUUCCAAUUGCUUUAAUGAUAAUCAGAUAAAUUGGACCCUAUAAAUAAAUUCACUUUAAAUAAAAUGGCAUUGAAAAAUAGAACAAAAUCUCGUUUUAUUUGUUUAGAUCAUUAGAGGACUUUCAUUUAAUUCCAAUAAUAUCCUUACACCCUUCAUAGAAUUUGAUAACAAGUUAAAAAUUUUAUAAGAAAACUUCAAACAUAUAUAAAACUGAAAAAUAUAAUGCGAUAGAAGAACCUCAUUUAGAAACAUUCCGUUAAAUUAGUGAAUAAAUGAUAUUGAAAAGUUGA